CCAAUUGUCGCCAUGAAAGACUUAGUACUGGACGCGAAUUUUCCCCGCACUCAGGAUGGGCGCGUCUAUCAUCUUGGCGUUCGCUAUGGGGAGGUGGCAAACCGGAUAGUCACGGUUGGCAGUCCGUCUCGAGCGCAUGGCAUUGCAUCUUUCCUCGAUUCCAGUCCAAAGCCCUUCACCCUCACUUCCGAACGCGGGUUCCUGACUAUCACCGGAAGAUACAAGGGCGUCCCGGUCAGUAUAGUCAGCAUUGGGAUGGGCGCGCCCAACGCGGACUUCCUCGUGAGGGAGGUAAGGGAAAGCUUGGACGGCGAUAUGAUUGUGGUGAGGUUAGGUUCCUGCGGGGCACUGGCACCUAUACCCGUCGGAACUGUAGUACUCCCGGUCGCCAGCGUAGCAGUUACCCGAAACUACGACUUCGACUUCCGGAACUGGACAGAAACGGAUGACGAGCAGCCCUACCGCAUAUCGAAACCCGUUCAUGUCGAUGUCGACUUGCAUCAAGUCCUCAAAUCUUCUCUCGAAGCCGCCAAGCCGCCCUCAUGGGUCCCCGAGGUCGUGAGCGACACGAUCAACGCGAGCGCAGACAGUUUUUACUCCUCGCAAGGCCGCCAAACUUCCUUCCCUGAUCACAACGCGGACCUCAUCGACGAGAUCCAGUCGAGCGUCCCAGGUGUCGCGACUUUGGAGAUGGAGACGUUCCACAUCCUGCACCUCGCCGCCUCCUGGCCACGGCACGCCCCACGCCAGCCCCACACUGAGCCGAACGACCCGCCGCUCACCGCCGGACCAGUCUCCGCCCACAUCGACGCGCCCGCUGCCCAUCAGCCUGCGGAACCGCAGCCCUCCACAGCGGAGUCCACCGCUGCCGACCCGACUUCUGGGAACGCACCAGCCUCCACCACGGCAGAACAUGGCCAAUCCGAGCACGAAGACGGAGUCGAGCUCGAUAUGCCUCCCGGCGAGGACAAGCCGGCGCCCUCCACCUCCCGCUCGGCGCGCUUCGCGCCGCUCGUGCCCAACACCCACAUCCGCGCCGCGGCGGCGCAGAUGGUCUUCGCCCAGCGGCUCUCGCAGGACUUUAUCACUCCGGAGAAGGUCGCCGAACUGGAGGCGUGGGCGGGCAAGGGCGUGCUAGACGCGCUGGUCGCGUUCGAGAUAGAACAUGGCCGUCUUCAUCCCGAAACGGGUUCUGUGUGGGCUCUGCCGGCCGUAGAGGAGGUGAAGGCAGUCUGAGCUGUAUCCUGGACGCGAUGCAUGUGACGGGCUCUAGUUUUCAUCGGUGUCUUAGCAAUAUGAAUGACAUCAGGUUGACG